UAUCCGCGCUGCGGGUCGCGGCGCCGUCAGUGCUGCCCGUGUCCGUCGUGUGCAUGCGUUUGUCGAUCGUGUUUGUCGCGAGUGCCCCGUGUGCGCGCGUGAGUUUGAGUUUGUGUGUGCUGUGUCAGUGACGUGCCAGUGCCAGUGUCGGUGUGUGGGUUGUACGUCGACUCGGUGCGAUACCUCUCUAGUCUCGCGAUCCCGUGGCCGCCCCGGCGCUUCCUGGACCAUGCCGCCGCCGCCACUGCUGGUGCUGACCCUCGGCGCGGUCCUCGGCCCUGCCAUCCUGGGCGGCGCGGCGGGCUCGCCCGCGUACCCGCAGCACCAGCAGAGCCAGCACCCCCGCAGCGCCCGCUCCGGCGGCUUCCCCAAGUUCCCGGGGGUGCCGCUGGCCGGGGGUGGCUCGCCCCUGGGCUCGCCGGCGGUCGAGAGGGUGGGCGCGCAGUGCGGCACCCGCGCCAUCCCCCACCUGCCCAGCCGGCCGGGGACGCCCGGCGCGCGCAUCGUGGGCGGCACGCAGCCCCCCUACGGCGCCUACCCGUGGCAGGUGGAGAUCCAGGCCUUCCGCGCCGAGCAGCGCUCCUUCCAGCACCACUGCGGGGGCGCGCUCAUCGGCCCGCGGCUCGUGCUCACCGCCGCGCACUGCCUCAAGGCGCCCGCGCUCAGCUCGCCCGACCAGCUGCGCAUCGUCCUGGGCGACCACAACUUGUCCUCGUCCGACCCGCACGAGCAGGCCUUCCGCGCCGAGCGCGUGCUCCUGCACCCCGAGUUCAGAAAAGAGGGCCCGUACAGCAACGACAUCGCGCUCAUCCUGGUGACGCCGGUGGGCGGGCGCGCCUUCCGCUUCUCGACCCACGUGCAGCCCAUCUGCUUGCCGGACCUGGCGGCCAAGCGCGCCGCCCCGGAGGGCUCCUGGUGCACCGUGACGGGCUGGGGCGCGCAGGCCGACGACGCCGUCGACAGCCUGUCCCCGGUGCUGCGGGCGGCGGCGGUGCCUCUCCUGACCCAGGACACGUGCCGCGGCGCCGACGUCCUGGGAGGCAGGAGACAACCCAUCCUGGACGGCAUGAUUUGCGCCGGCCCUCUGUCGGGCGGCGUGGACGCCUGCGGUGGAGACUCUGGGGGGCCCCUGGCCUGCGAGGUGCACGGUCGCUGGGUGUUGACGGGCCUCGUCUCGUGGGGGGACGGCUGCGCCAAGAGGAACCGGCCCGGUGUCUACACCAGAGUGGCGCACUACAGCGACUGGAUACGAGACUCGGCGAAACAGCUCGGCCUCUGAUCUGCCCUUUAGCUAUUUUGGCUGAUCGCUACGAUCAGGCGUUGUCGCUAGCCCUUGUUGAAUUGAAUGUUUUUAACUGUGGUGCGGGUGAACGAACGCCUUUGCGGUCCACGGGGAAGCAUGAGGGAAGGGCGCUCUUUUCUCCGGGGCCAUACAAAAUAAGCUCCCCCAUGGCCGCGACUAUUGCGACUAUACAUAUUUAUGUUCGGUUCAUAACUUUUAAAGUCGGGUGUACAAUAUUUUCGAUCUCAGGAAACCGAGCUAAUCACAGUCCCUAAAACCUCUGAGGUGAGGCCCCGCCUCUCGAGACUAAAUCCACCAUUACCGGACCAUUACUUUUUUGAUGAUGUCUGGCAAAAGUGUUACGGCGCGCGCGCACAGUCUAGUCCUGUAUUUAAUAAUAAUAGUACUAUUAAUUAUAAUACAAUUAGUGAUAACAAUUUCGACGUCUUCAGAUGGUAUCCGGGAACGUUUCCCCACAAAGGUUCAGUCGGUGUGUGUCAUCAUUGAUGUUUAGUUUGGUAGCAGAUUAGCAACUACCGAAACAUGAUCUAAAGAAGAUACCAGUUUUGAUACAGUCGAGAUGACUGUUGAGUGUCCGGUGCAUAUUUUAUUUAAGUUAGCUCUAUAACAUGGCUGUGAGUAUUUGUAAGGUCAUUAUAGUAACUUAUUGAAUACUAUUCGAUCCACAUAUUGUCAAAAAAUUGGCAAGAAACAUAGAUCAUUUCGUUAAAAAAUGUGUAUUUAUUAGGCUUUCGUUUUCAGUAAAAUAUCCUUCUGUUGUGUAACUUUCGCCAGCGUGGUCAAAAUCACUACGUUUCAUUUUACAAAUAAAUUGUCGUUAUUUUA